AUGAGCUUUUUGGGCUGGAAGUCAGCUUAAAGAAGACAGAAGUUUUCUAUCAACCUGCACCUCAGGAAAUCUUCCAUCAUCCCCAUCAUGAAUACAGCUAUCCACCAAAUAGACAGAAAGAGAGCAUAGCAUUGGGGCAUAAUGUGAAGGAAUAGUGUGGCUACAGAGAUCAGCUGAAAGUGUUUUCAAUCCCUAAUUAUGCUACCUACAUAUUUAAAGUCAUAAAUAAUACUGUUUAAAAAAAAAAAAUAAUAAAAAAAAAAAAAUCUGUCGGCGGGGUGGGGGCCGUGCGGGGCUGAGGGCGGCAGUCCCUGUGGUUUACAAACUAUUUCCUGUACUUUGUCUCGUGGAGAGGAGAGAAACUUCCACAUUGUCUACUCCGCUUUUGGAAAUAUGUUUAAAGGUACUUUUCUAUUGUAAUUUUUUUAAUAAUAAAACCGGUGAUUAUUAUUAAAAGAAAAAAAAAAGGGGGGGGAUGGGAGGAGGGGGAGCCCUUGGGGGGGACAGUGCAGCGAAGCAGGAUAGGUGAAAGCAGGAGGAGGUAGAGCAGGUGCUAAUUCUGCUGGGUACAGAGGGUACAGCCCCCACACUUCAGGGCUACUGGGGUACAGUGCAGGCACUGUGAGCUCAUAGGGCUCCCGGGCGAUGAACUGAGGCACGGCGGUGGGGAAAGGGGUGCUGGGAUUUGGGGUGCCCACCAGCUUGCUCUUGGCCAUCUUGGUGUUGGCCUUGGUAAACUCCAGCCGCAGCGUCUGGGGGAUCUCAGGGUCGAAGCGGAUGCCGUUCAGAGCCGCUGCCUCUGCCUCAGAGCGGCUGUCGAAGCUGACGAAGCCCAUGGGCUGCCUGGAGGUGAGUUUGAUGAGAGACCCCUCGAACCCCUUAAAGGGCCUGAAGAGCAGGUAAAGUGUGCCGAGCGGUGCCCCCUGGAGCCGUUGUGCCCCAUGUCGGUGCUGUUCGAGGAGCGCGGUGGGGUGGUGCCCUGGGGGCCGCAAUGGGGCCGCUGGUACCAGACGCUGGAGGAGGUUUUCAUCGAGGUGCGUGCCAAGGACGUGCGCUGCAGCCUGGGCAGCCGUGACAUCACGCUGGCCAUGCAAGGGCAGGAGCUGCUGCAGAGUAAACUUUCUGACUCUACAGUAACUGAUGAAGGAACAUGGACAUUAGAAGACGGGCAGCUGAUACGAAUUGUUCUAACGAAGACAAAUAGAGAUGCUGGAGACUGUUGGACAUCUCUGUCAGAAAAUGAAUAUGCUGCUGAUCCUUGGGUACAGGACCAGAUGCAGAGGAAGUUUACACUGGAGCUAUUCCAAAGAGAGAACCCUGGAUUUGACUUCAGUGGGGCAAAAAUUUCUGGAAACUACAGCAAAGGAGGACCAGACAUUUCUAGACUUGAAAAGUAAACUUUUUAUCUGUGUUCUUUUAGAGGAAUUACAUGUUACAGUUAAGGACUGGAAUCACGUAACUUGUGAAGACUUCAGUGAUCUCUUCAAUGGAUUGUUGUCAAAAGUAAUUACUUCAGUGAAGAGAAAGGUCUCUUCCAGCAGAAUGAAGAUAAAAUGUUACCAGGUGAUUUAUAAGCUGCAAUUACCUUAUGAUACUAAGGGACAUAUUAUAGACAAAGGUGUACAUAAAAAACCAACAUCUUUUAGCA